AUGGCGAGAAACACCCGUGAGAACACAAUGCCCCUAACAGGGGGACGCCGGGAGAGGGGAGACGUCUCCUCUCCAGGGUCCUACUAUAUCUCGCAGCCACCGCAGCAACUGCCAUACCAGGUUCUCUCCGGUUACCAUAUUUACAUGUCAGAGCAGCACCAAAAUGGGAAUACAGGAGGUGCAAAUGGUGCAAAUGGUGCAAAUGUUGCAAAUGUUGCAAAUGGUGCAAAUGGUGCAAAUGUUGCAAAUGGUGCACAUGGAAACGUAAAUGGGAAUUCUGGCCAGCUGCAGCAUCAUCAUCAACCGCAACUACAACAGCUACAGCUGCCAUUGGGCUACGAGUACUUGCCCUAUGCCAUUCCGGCACAUUACUACACAGAGAGACAGCCCCAAGAGAGUCCAAUACCCACCCAGGGAAGACACCCCCUCUCUGGCAUGAAAAGCAUCUACACGGGUGGUUCGGAUCUACCAACCCCCACGCAGCCACCCCUGAACACAAUGGCAGGGCAUCAACAACUCCCUUACAUCUAUGUGCAAUCCAACCCCGUGAUGUCCAACAGUGUCGACCACGAGAUGACUACCGUCAAUACGAGCACUACAUCUGCCACUACAAAGGGGAACUUUGCUGGCUUCCCAAUAUCGCACAUGGAAAAUGGCGAGCAAGUUCAGACAAAUUUGAGUACAUCGACAACAACCAACAGUAAAGGGAGAAAUGCUUCCCUAGGCUACACCCCUGAAGGAGGUAGCCACGAUACUCAAAGGAGCUCACCAAUGGACUCCCCGCUACAUCUGGAUACAAAGGAAAAUUAUAAAUCAGACAUCCAAACAAAAGAUGGAGUGAGAAACCCCCCUCUAACAAACCCAUACUUGUCACACCAAUUGAAUUCUUCAAUGCUCGAGACCUCACUAAACAGAACAAGUCCCUCAUUUGCAACUAACUCAAGUCAUCAACCUGCCAAAAGUGGAUCAAAUGGAGUAUUUUCCACCUCUUCAAAUGUCAAUAAGAUCUCCAAUCUAUUGAAUGAUGACGAUGAUGACAAUAUAUUCUCCCAGAUUAGAAAUAAUGACAAUAAUGGAAAUGUCAUUACAAAGGAUAUCGACGAAGAUACAAGGGCGAAUGGCCAGGAUUUGAAGAAUGAUAUCAAUGCCACAGAGAAUGGUAUCAAUGGAAUGGAGAAUGGUUACAAAAACUUGGAUCAGGGGAAGCACAUUGCAAAACAUGCAAAUGACCGGAAUUUUAUAAAGGCUACGUUUGACCACGUUGAUCAGAAACAUGAACCGAUUUACCUCAAAUUGAAAAGGGGACGACCGCUCAAGAUAAUGAACACGGAAGGCAAUUCUUCAACAAGCCGAAAGAGAGAUCGUGUGCCAAGAAAAAUCGUUAAACCUACGAAAACUGUUGUUCUGCGAAUGGAUGCAGAUAAACUACGAGAAAUCACAAAUCUUGGAGACGGCAGUAGAGACACGAAGGAAAUGAAAAAUGAAGAACUCAUGCAAGCAUGUGAAUCCAACCUGCAAAGCACACAACUUUUACAGGUUACGGAGGAACAAAUAGAUAGACUAAAUCAUAGGAACAAUCCAAAGAGUCCACAAGAGCUGAUACAGUUAAAGAAGGCGUUACCCAAUGCCAUCAAGAUCUCCGAUAACGAAGUACCAAUCAUACCGAGAGGUUACAUACCACUAGUGAUGGCCCCCGACGGGACACUCAUUCCCAUGGAAUUGGUCAAUAUCAACCCCAAAAGUAGCUUUGUAUCUAUUUUAAGGCCAAUUUGGGACAGAGUUGAUGCGAAGUCCUCUGAUACUGACACAAACUCCCAUUAUAUCGGACAUGAGAAAAAGGAGAGAGAUGGUGUGUUUUUUGAAUUCAACAAUGCCGAUAAAUGUGCAUCACUUUCCCUUUAUUUAUUAUCCAAGGAAUCUGCCUGUAAGCUGGUCUACCCCAAGUUUACAGGCGACAGGAAGUUCCAGAGAGAGAUUGUUUAUUACAACAGAUUGAUUGAGCGAGAGAAGCUUGAGAUAUUUAGCAUCUAUAAAAAGGAGCGGAACAAGUUGAGUAGGUUACUUGAGAAGUUAGAUGUCAACCUUGAACAGACUGACUAUGAUAUCGAUCUAAUGGAAAUGAGAGAUUAUGAGCUUUUGCGAGAAGAACUCAGCUAUUUAUACGAGAAACAAACCAUUGAGAGAGAAUACAGCUCGAAUGUGAGGGAGCUCAAGAGUGUCCAGUAUCUUGACUAUUCUUCGAGGUUACUAAAAUUCAAAAACUACUUGAAUGUUGAGAAUGAGCGACUACGGAGACACAAGAAUCGACUCUGUCGAAUAAACCACAAUAAAUGUCAAAGCAUUUGGAAUAAAUAUAUCAAGAGUGGAGGAAUGAGGAAUCGCCAUUCUACUGGGAUGGCCCUAUUUACAACGACAGCGACGGGGACAAACACCGAUUCAAAUAACAGCAGCAGUGGAGGUAUUGCAAGUGGCAGUAACUGUGGCACUGGCGGUAAUGAGGUGACGACAUAUUCGAAUCUCGAAAGUUCCUUUAUAUCAGAUCGGGAAUUUAUAUUGUUGACCAAUCCGAACUCGAGGUCGUAUGCGACUUAUGUAUUGAACAAUUCAAUGGAUAAGGGUAAUAAGAAUCAGAAUGAGAUUGUUGGAUUGAUUGAUUAUUACCUGGAUGAGAACAGUACGUUGAUGCUUUUAUAUGAGGAAGUUAAGAGACGGGGGUAUACAUUCAACGAAAAGACCCGCAACGUUUUGAUCAACAAGAACAAAAAGAAGGACAUGAUAUCGGAAUAUGGAUUGACGAAAAUAGGUGUCAAUACUAGCAGCAGAAUAUUGAGAGAAUUACAAAUUGAUGGUAUGAAUGUCGAUCUAAAGAGGAACGAACGAAUCGAACGACGGAGUGUUGGUCAACGGAAUGGUCGUCCAAGAAAGAACAGCGUUUAUAAUGCCAACAGUGUCAAUGUCUCUACGUUCAGCAGCAACACGCAUCAUGAUUCAUCCUCCGACAGUAACAACUACCUCACUACUGACAACAACGACAACAUAUCGAAUGACCACAAACAAGUCUCGCGGUCUACAUCGGCGUCUCCUGGGAGUAACGGAGCUGUUGUUGUAGAAGACCUAGAGCAUCCACGUGGUGGCACGCAGAUGCCGAUGGAGAUGAACCUACGACGGGAGUUGAACAUUACGAGCAGCUUGGACAAGUCAUUAUGUGAUGUUGAUCGAGUGAAGAUGCUCAAUUUGAACCGGGAGGAAAUUGGGGCCAGCUACACAAAAGUUUACGGGAUGCCCAGCGGGUUAACUGUCGCCGAGAUCAACAGCGACCUCUCACUGCUACGAUGGUCGGCACAGCAGUCCUCUCAUAAAGGAGAGACCCGUUGA